AUGCACAAGAAAAUCUUUGAGCUUCACCAAGAGUAUGGCCCAAUCGUGCGAGUCGCCCCCAACGAGCUUGCCUACAACCACCCCGACGCAUGGAAGGACUUGCAUGGUAACCUCAAGAACGGAACUGGCGAUCACGGCAGGGAUGAAGUCUUCAUGCGCGAUAACAGGCAAAGCAUUAUUGGCGGUAACCGCGAAGAUCACUCCCGAUACCGACGAGCGCUGUCCCAUGGCUUCUCGGCUCAGUCAAUGUUCGAUCAAGAAUCUAUCAUCAAGAAGUAUGUGGACUUGCUGUUCCAGCGGCUGCAUGAGAACUGUGCUGGAGGAUCUAAGCCGCUGGACAUGGUUGCGUGGUACAACUGGACGACUUUCGACGUAAUCGGAGACCUGGCGUUUGGCGAACCCUUCGGCUGUUUGGACAACAGCGACUACCACCCUUGGGUCAAAAUUCUGUUCGCCGGCGUGAAAGAGGGGGCCUUUAAGUUUAACAUUCGACGUUACCCUCCUAUCGAGAACCUUUUGAUGAAGUUCAUGCCUACGAGCAUCAAGAACAAGAGAGAACAGCACAUGCAACUCACACGCGAGAAGGUCAGGCAACGACUUGCUACUCAGACGGAGCGCCCGGACUUUAUGGACUCCAUGACGCGGAAGAAGGGUCCCAUGGAGCUGCAGUUUGAAGAGCUGCGUGCAAACUCCUCAACUCUGAUCGUCGCGGGAUCUGAGACUACUGCGACCGCGCUGUCGGCCAUCACGUACUAUCUCACCACCCAUACAAGUGCUCUAGAGAAGCUCAACAACGAGGUCCGAUCGGCCUUUGCCACUGAAGACGACAUCAACAUGGUCAGCGUGCAGAAGCUCCAGUACAUGCAGGCUAUCAUCAACGAAAGUCUCCGCAUGUAUCCGCCUGUUCCAACGGGCAUUAUGCGCAGGGUCACUGAGGGUGAUGGUCUUUUCUUGGGACAACACGUACCAAAAGGAGUUUGGCACUGGCCUGUUUUCCACAACCCCGACCAUUUCACUUUGCCCGACUCCUUCAUUCCCGAGCGCUGGCUCGACGAUCCGCGAUUCUCUGGUGACAGGAAGGAGGCCUUCCAGCCUUUCUCUGUUGGCCCAAGGAACUGCAUCGGAAGAAACUUGGCCUAUGCGGAGAUGCGUUUGAUCGUUGCCAGAAUGGUCUGGAACUUUGACAUGAGGAUUGCGGAGGAUAGCAAGGGAUGGGACGAGAGGAGCCAGGCGUUUUUGCUUUGGGAGAAGGGACCUGUUAACUGCUACAUUACGCCCAGGAAGAUUGAGUAA